UAUCGCUGUCAACGUUCCGAAGGUAUCACCUCAUAACAUGAAGCUGACAGUAUCAAGUGUUACAACGAGUUUAGUUUCAAUAUUAUUCAGUGUAAAAUAUGCAUCGUCAAUAUUUUGCUACGAUUGCAACAGCGCAUUUGACCCCCGCUGCGGGGAGGAGUUUGAUCAUUUCAAUCUCGGAGUCGUAAACUGCUCCCUCAAGGAUCCCAUAGACCAUAUCCCACCAAUGGAAUCCACAUUCUGCAGAGUCAUCAAAAUGGAUAUUUAUGGCAAGGUGAGAGUGGUACGUAAAUGUGGUUACGUGGCAGACGACUACAAGAUGAACUCCUGCAAGCGACAAACUGGUACCGGAGAACUGUUUGUAACAUAUUGCUCUUGCAAUACAGAUCUAUGUAACAGCUCCUCUAAAUGUGACAGGGAUUUGGCUAUUCUUUCAAUACUGAGUUUACUUGCAGUUUAUCUAUUUAAAACCUCCUUUUAACAAUUCUUAUCAAUAUAAUAAGAUCUAUAGAAACUUUCAGUCUCACUUAUUAAUAUAAAUGUUACGAAUUCUUAGUUAGGAUUUGACAACUGCCGUAUGUGACAAUUAUGUAGACAAAAUAAUUUAGUCAUCAAAUUGUUUAAUAAUGUUAUAAGAUUAUUGUACUAGGAAAUGUUUGGUGAAUUUUUAUUUAAUCCAUUUUUUUUUCUGUGAGCAACCAAUUCUAGUUUUACCUAUG